AUGUCGAGGCGAGAGAGUAGAGAUUCAGACCCUAAACGACAACGUUCUAGACUCGAUCGCGAACCCAGUCCCAAGAGGUCAAGAAGAGAUGGAAAACCUGAAGCGGAACGAGUUUUGAGUAAGAAGGAUUUGGAUGUUAGAGAUGUCAGUACUGAGACAGAUAAGAAACCACGUCAGUCUCUGCGAGACGCGGCGCCACUUGAACCUGAUGCUCAGGGUUUGAGCAAAGACGGUGAAAAGAAGCACUCUGGACAUCAUGAGACGACCAAACAAGCUUCUCAUCUGUCAGAAGGAACUCGUUCUAGACCAUAUCAUCAGUAUGAUGAUCGUCGUAGUGAUGGGAAAGAUGACAGAAAAGCAACUUCUGAGAGAGGAUCGUGGAGAAGCUCAAGAGAUCAGAGUAACCGCAGCAGAGCUGGAUAUAAUGAGAAGUCGCAGCAUCGUAAAGACGAAGACAAAAGCACAUGGCGACAUGAUAGGUUCCAUGAGAGUGACGAUACUAAAGGAGCACUCUCUAGGAAACGACCGGCCUUCAGGGAGAAGAAGAUUCCAGAGGAAAUUGGGAACAACAGAGACAGAACAAGAACUGAGGAGGCAAAAGACACAAAUCUAAACAACCGCCGACAGAACGAAAGAACUUGGAGGAGCAAUUUGCAUUCAGAGAGACCAGCAAUGGGAAGAGACAGAAUGUGGAACAGGGAUGACGAAAGAGGUGCGGGAAGCAGACAGAGUUAUCGAGCUGACAGAGACAGAUUCAGCGGCGAUGGGCGAAGUGGGUUUCAUGGAAGCUGGACAAAGGAUGAGAAGAAAUGGGGCCAUGAUUUGUUCGAAGAGGCGAAUAAGAGUCCAGCUAGAGCCAACGAGGAAGAACAGAUUGCAAAAGUUGAAGCUUUGUUGGCUUCUUAA